AAAGAGGAAGAGAAAGAACUUGGAAACCAAAAAAAAAAAGAAGAGAGAAAUCCAAAAAAGAGACAACCAGUUUUUGCUGCUUUGCUGUUUGAGUUUUGGCAGGCGCAUGUGUAUUACCUCAAUUUGGUCUGUGUGUUGCAACCAUGGCUCCUUCCUUUGCUCAAGCCUCAUCAACCCCAAAAUUGACAAAUGAAUAUGAGGUUUUCGUUAGUUUUCGUGGGGCAGAUAGCCGCACAGGAUUCACCAGCCAUCUCUUUGCCGCUUUAGACCGCAAAACGAUUAAUGCCUAUAAAGAUGACAUAAACCUCCCUAGAGGGGAAAAGAUUGGGCCUGAGCUGUUAAAGGCAAUUGAGACAUCAAGGAUUGCAGUUGUGGUGUUCUCAAAAAAGUAUGCUACUUCAGGUUGGUGCUUGGAUGAGUUGGUGAAGAUCAUGGAAUGCAAAAGGGUGUUCAAUCAAAGGGUGCUCCCUAUUUUCUACCAUGUGUCUCAACCCGAGGUGGUAGAACAGAAGGGGAAUUUUGCCGAGCUCCCAAAUGGCGCUGAAGACAAGAGGAACAGUUGGAGAGCUGCACUGACGGAGGCCGCAAGCUUGGCAGGCUUGCAUUUGGAACCAAAUCGCCCAGAGUCAGAGUUUAUAGAGGAAAUCGUUGAGAAGAUUUUGAAAAUACUAAAGGAGGAAUCAUCUACCUCUCCAUCCCUUCGUCAGAAUGAUGCUCCUGGUCAACACUCUUCAGCUACCAUCCCGCACAAUGAUGCUUCAUCUGGCCUUGAUCUGGAGAACUACUCCUGGACACAGACCCUUGAAGAGGUCACUUUAAAUGUCACUGGAACUAAAUCAAGUUCUGUUGUACGCGAGAUAAAAAAGAGCCAUCUGAAACUUGGACUCAAGGGCCAGCCUCCAAUAAUUGAUUGGGAGCUUUUUCGGCCUGUCAAGCCUGAUGAUUGUUCCUGGAGGAUAGAGGAUCAGAGUGCCAUCUCUACUCUUUUAACCCAGCACAAAAUGGAGUGGCGGAAAUCUAUUGUGAAAGGUGAUCCUGAAAUCGAUACUCAGAAGGUCGAACCUGAGUCCAGCAAACUAUCAGACCCGGAUCCAGAAACAAGGCAGACUGUUGAAAAGGUGAUGGAUAAUUCUGGUCUCUACAAAAACCUUCUACAAGAGUUGGUUCGAAAAGAAGGGUUUCCUCUACCAGUUUAUGAUGCAAAUAGAUCUGGUGAAGGACAUGAAGCAAUUUUUGUUUCGACUGUGGAGAUACGGGAGGUUUUUAAAGGACAUGAAGCAAGGACCAAAAAGCAGGCGGAGAUGAAUGCAGCAAAGAUUGCUUACACUACUAUGAAAGAGCAUAUGCAGCAUUUUUACAAGAACCAGCUGCAAAAUUAUGCUCGAAAGAGAUAUCUCUGUCUACCUGAGUACUCUUGUGAAUGUGAAGGCCCUCCUCAUGCUAGUCAAUUCAGGUGUAAGGUCACAGUUGAUGGACAGACCUAUGAGAGCCCAGAAUUCUUUUCCACAUCGAAGGAUGCUGAAAAUGCAGCUGCAAAAGUCGCUUUGGCAUCAUUGGUGCCAGAUGGAGCUAAAGAGGAUAAUUCUGGUCUCUACAAAAACCUUCUACAAGAGUUGGUUCAAAAAGAAGGGUUUUCUCAACCAGUUUAUGAUACAAAGAGCUUUCGUGAAGGACAUGAAGCAAUUUUUGUUUCGACUGUGGAGAUAAGGGAGGUUUUUAAAGGACAUGAAGCAAGGACCAAAAAGCAGGCAGAGAUGAAUGCAGCAAAGAUUGCUUACGCUACUCUGAAAGAGCGUAAGUCAGGUCAGGGCCCCUUGAUUGUAUCUCCUGCGCACAAAGGAAAAGAAACUCCUGAGAUCUCAUCUUCUAGCUUGCAACCAAAUGUCCCUGCUGAUCUGCAACAGCUUGUUGGUGCUACCAUGAAUUUGAACCUAUGCACCAUUGCUGAAAGGCAAGCUGGGGAGGACAGAGGUUCAUACUUUUUGUUUAGGCUAAAAUGCACUUUAAGUUUGGGGUCACUUCUAAAUCGGUCCAUUGGCUUUGAAACUUUACAAGCUGCACACUUGACUAUUAGAAUGUGUCCCUUAUGCUAUGGGCAGCCACAUUUUCACCGUUUACCCACUUAAGAAUGACUUUGUUUUCUAUUUUUCUGUCCAAAACAAUGUCAUUUUUGAGUGGGUUAACUGCAAGUUUCUAACAGAUGUUAAUGAAAGGGGCAAAAAGGGUGUAUAAAUGGUGUUUUAGCCAUUUGUUUAUGCUUCUUAUAUGCAUGCAAUUGCCUUUUGUGGGACUAACCUCCUCUUACACAUAACUAGAUUUCAAAGGACAUUAAUUGGAGUAUUUUGAAGGUUUAAAUAUUCUCAAAUUCUCACCAAAUCUAUGACAUAAUUUGCAUAAAUAGAAGACCAUGCCAUAUUGAAAUGUUGACUCAUUACAACUAUAGAAUUUUUCAAGCUAUAUAUGUGUGCAUUUGUGGGCAAAAUUCAUUAGAGUUGCA